AUGACACACAUUGCCUUGCAACACCCCGACCAUUUUCCUUAUUUCGACGAGGAUACCAUGGCCUCCAAACGAAAUUCCCGCGUCUUUACCGAAGAGACUUCUGCUCACGACCAGAACCGGUCCAUGCCCCAACAGAAACAACAGACGUCAGCCUACCGAUCGAGACGCAAUUCUAGAAGCUCCAGCAAGGACGAGCUCUCUGCACGUGCCGAGACUAUGGGGGACGCGGAACGCAACCGUACCCCCAGUGCCGACUCAGAUCUGCCUCCGCGUUCGCAUGGUGGUGUGGUAGCCACCGGCAAGGGCCUCUCUGCAGAGGUCCUGGCACCUGGAGAUGUCAAGGUGAUUGUGGAAUGCAAGGUUUCACGCAAGGAAUCUGAGGAUUUCUCAUCGCCACCUCUUGCUGGGAGACCCAACAACUUUGGGAUGGUCAUUCCUGGUGUUUAUCGUAGCAGUUAUCCCAAGUCACAAGACUUUGAAUAUCUGCGGGGUCUGAAGCUGAAAACUCUGGUGACCCUGGUGAAGAAGGAUGAGAUUGAUCAAGAUCUCGUUUCCUUUGCUGCCAGCAACGACAUCCACCAAGUCGUUUUCAACAUGAAAGGCACCAAGAAGGAGUCCAUCCCAAUUCAAACGAUGAAGUCCAUCCUCGAGGUCGUUCUCGACCGCCGGAAUCACCCUCUUUUGAUUCACUGCAACCAGGGCAAGCACCGCACAGGCUGUGUGGUUGCUGUGGUGCGCAAGGUUGCAGGUUGGAACGCUUCCAGCGUCCUUGACGAGUACCGCGCCUUUGCUGAGCCCAAGAUUCGCGAGUCCGAUGUUGAGUACAUACGAAAUUUCGAGAUUUCAGCAUUGCAUCCUCUGGCAACCGAGCACCAUUCUCGAUAUACCCCCAUCCAGGUCCGCAGUUUCCGCAGAACCUUGGUUUUCUCAACGAUCAUCAUGCUCCUGUGGGUUGUGUCGGGGACUCAACUGCUCUCAACACGCAAGGAACUGACCAGCUGA